CCCCGCUUUAAAGACACUCUUCUUAAGGAAACUCCCCGCUAUAAAGACACAUUUUUUCCCCAGAACAUGGUGCCCCGCAGAUGUACAAUAAUAUAGGGGGGUAGCGUUUCCACUACGCGGCCCCCCCAAAAAAAUUUGCUGGGGCAGCAAAUAUAUACUAGUACAUUGUAACAUCGACAGCGGUCUGCUGCAGCCCGCACUACUGCGUGUGGGUAUGGAGAGAUUCCUCCCAUCUGCUGGCGGGUCGUCAGCUGCCGGCUUGAGGCCAUGUGGCGAACCCACGUGCCAGCAAAAGUCUCAACUCGUGUCAGCGGUUCACCAGUGCCCGUGCGGGCGAUCCAUGCACGCGUUUUGUGGUCGGGGCAUCGGAGAGGAAGGCUACGGACAGCAGAGAGAGUGCUCGGAUUGCCAGAAGAGCAAAGGUGGAGCCCAGGCUGGCAGCAGCAGCAGUCCCAUGGAAGUGGAUGCCGAAGAAAACGAGCAGGACAGCCGCAGCACUACACAACCAUUUCGAGUGGAGGAGCCAUCGGUUGGAGGAAAGGGGAAACGUCCCGCGGCUGAUGCUGGCGUCGGCGGUAGCGCGGGGAAACGGGCUGCACCUGGUCGUGGCAGCAGUGCCGGCGGCAGUGCGGGUGGCAGCACGGGCAGCAACGCCGGCGGAAGCGCGGGCGGCAGCGCGGGCGGUAGUUCCGGCGGCAGCAUGGGCGGCAGUGCGGGCGGCAGCGCGGGCGGUGGCGCCAGCGGCACGGCGGGUCGCAGCACUGGCGGCAAGGCGGGUCGCAAAGCGAAGCCCGGAUCAGACCACGGCAAGAACAAGCUCACAGUAGGGCAGCGAUUGCAAAUCGUCAGGGCCGUACAAGGCGGCCAGCAAAGGAGCAAAGUUGCCGGAGACUUCGGCGUGGGCAAGGCGUACAUCACCAAGCUGAUGAAGCCCGAGAUGAUCGCCUCGCUCGAGAAGUCCCGUGACAUGGAGCUCAACUUGGACGCCAAGCGCACGCCAACGCCGGUACACGCGGGCCUGGAAGCUCGUCUGAACCAGUGGAUCAAGAUUGCACGACAGCGAUUUGAGCUGGAGGGGUUUGACGUCGAGUUGAUCUUCAACAUGGACCAGACGGGGCUUUUCUACCGCUGCUUCCCGAGGGGCACGUACGUCACGAGGGCGGAGGGCGCGGCAGGAGUCAACAAGAAGACCGCGCGGGGAUCGAAGGCCAUGAAGGCCAAGGACCAAUGCACUGUUGUCGCCUGCUGCAACACCACCGGGUCGCUGAAGGUACCGCUGGCCGUCAUCCACACGGCGAAAGACCCCAUGGUUUUCCGCCACGUUCGCAAGCCACCUUGCCCCUACUACGCCCAGCAGAGUGCCUGGCUCGACGCUUCAAUCUGUCAGCGGUGGUUUGACGAGGUCUUCGUGCCCUUCGUCAAGGAGAACACUGGGAAAAAGGUGGCUCUCUUGUGGAACAACUGCCCAGGCCACGAGAUCAAAAACGACGACCCGCAAAUCGUCAUCAUCUUCCUGCCCCCCAAAGUCACGUCCGUCUUUCAGCCUAUGGACAUGGGGGUCCUGUUUGCCCUCAAGUGCCAGUACAAGACGGNAGGUUCCGUUUUUUUUUCCUUGUUAGGCGAGUGA